AUGUACUUCAAAUCGGAGUCUCCCCAGAACGAGCACGUCAUAAAGGACGCCGUCGCAGUCACGACAGCUCAAGAUCCAACCUCGACGUCGGAACCAGACUCAAAGAAACGAAAGCUCGAAAGACCCGACCCAGAGCCCGUCGUCAGACUCGACGAAAAUGGAGACUUGCUCCUCUGCGUCGGCGCCGCUCGCGUCGGCCAGGCUUCCACUUACCUCGUCUGCUCGAAUGCCCUUUACCGUUCGUCUUCGGUGAUGAAACAGAUCAUCUUUGGCCAGCUUGACAAGCCCCGCUGUCUUCAAGUUGGCCUGGAAAACCGGGUCAUUCACCUCCCAGACGAUCAACCGGCCCCUAUGCGGCUCAUGCUGGAGAUCAUACACGGAGACUUCCAAAAGGUGCCCCAGAAGAUGGAGCUUCAAACCCUACAUGCUCUCGUCAUUAUCAUGGACAAGUACGACGCUAUAUCUCUUGCUCGCCCGUGGGUCAAGGAGUGGCUGGCCAGCGUCAGGAGUAGCGGAGACUACGCCAGGUUGCUCUCUAUCGCGUGGGCGCUUGGUGAUAUGGGAUUGUUCAGCACCAUGACCUCUCGCCUCAUUGAAACAUCCACUAUCAGCCGUGAGGGCGGCGACCUGCUCACAAAAUCGAAUAUACCAGCAAAUACAAUUUUAUGCGGAAACACAGACCUCGAGGCCCAUCAAGACCUCCUCGCUGAGGCAACCGCGCCCUUGAUCCCAACAAGCGUGAUCGAGAGAAUCGCAAUCAAGAGAGCACACUGGAUCUUGGCAACAGUCAUGCCUUAUAGCAGGAUGUAUGACGAGCUGAAAAGAGGCAAUUGCGAGUGCCGCUUCGCGUCCCGUCACUUCCGCAAGACCAUGUCGCCCCGUUGCAGAGCGCUCGCUCUCGGCUCCCUCGUCCAGGGGUUCCUCGACAUGGAGAUCAACAUCACGACCGCGCACCCGACCUGUGCGUACAAGGGCAGCCUCGCGUCGCUGAUAGGCCGGAUCGGCAAACUCGAGAUUCUCACGGACCGUAACUGCGAUACGUACAACCAUGACGAGUGUGCGCGGAUGCAGGAGGCUGUGAAGCACAAGCGCAUCGCCAGCACGCCGAUGACGCCGCUGACGUACGUCGAGCCCGACUACAGAACGUACAUCAGAUCCCAGGCAAAGAAGACUGGACUUCCUGGCUAG